AUAAUUCCGUCUGUUAUAGCUCGAAACCUGUGCCUGUAGACAACUGCUAAGACAAAUUGCAUACAUGAUGUAUCCAGCUAGCCAUUGAACUGAAAACGUAUAAGUUAAUAGUGUCAAUUCAUUAUUUCAGCCCGGAUGCAAAUGUCCAGACAGCUAGCUAGCAAACUAGCCCACGAACAAAAGGAAAAAAGUGACGGUGCAGAGAGUGGGAUAGGGCUCUAAACACCCCAAGACUAUUCAUUUUCUCACAGAUAUCUAGUAUGUUGAGAGACUCAACGGCAUUAGAGCGCUUGCCGGUCCACCAGCAGAAAGCACCUUCCCUUCGGCAGCAGUGCAAGACGCCAGUGUCCCUGACCAGCGUCCACUCUACCGAGGAUAGACAUGGAGGGGACACGGACACCAAGCUCGGCAACAAGUUUGACGAGGGACAAGAGGUCUUAGCCCGAUGGUCGGAUGGGCUGUUUUAUUUGGGGACUAUCACAAAGAUAAAUAAGGACAAGCACCGCUGCUUUGUUGUCUUUGAAGAUCGGUCCAAGUCCUGGGUUCUGUGGAAGGACAUUCAGACAGGGGACGAGGGAGGAGAGGACAUGGUCUGCACAAUAUGCCAGGAUGAGUGCUCAGAGGAUCCCAACGAGAUUGUCAUCUGCGACAAGUGUGGACAAGGAUACCACCAGCUCUGCCACUCACCCAUCAUCGACUCCAGCCUGAUCGACACCGAUGAGAAGUGGCUCUGUAGGGAGUGUGUGUUCGCCACAACAGAGAAGGGUCCCAAAGCACUGCAGGAGCUGAAGCAGUCUCUACCUUAUUCCCUAGAGGACCUGGCCUGGGACCAGGGCCACAAGACCAACAUCCAGCAAUGUUACUGCUACUGUGGAGGGCCUGGAGACUGGUACCUGAAGAUGCUGCAGUGCAACAGGUGUAAGCAGUGGUUCCACGAGGCAUGUAUCCAGUGUUUUAAGACGCCCAUGCUCUAUGGAGACAGGUUCUAUCUAUUUAUUUGCUCAGUUUGCAGUAGUGAACCAGAGUACCUCAAACGACUGCCUCUUAGAUGGGUGGACGUUGCACACCUGAGCCUCUACAACAUGAGUGUGAUUCACAAGAAGAAGUACUUUGAUUCUGAGCUGGAGCUGAUGACUUACAUCAACGACAACUGGGAGCAAAUGCAGCUCGGGGAGCUUUCAGCCACUCCUCAGUCGGACCGAUAUGAAAGUAUUUUGGAAGCACUGAAUAGCAACCACAGCAUGUUCAUGUCAGGGAAGGAGAUCAAGAAGAAGAAGCACCUCUUUGGGCUGAGGAUCCGUUUUCCUCCGGGUCCCCAGAGCUCUGACCUGCUGGCCAAUAGAGGGGAGCCAGAGAGGGCCUCCAACGAGAUCAAGAUCAAAGGCAGGAAGGCUAUCAAGCCUCUUACCAACACAAGUGAAGUAACCAAUGGCGUGGUGAAGAAGGCCAAGAAGAUGAAGAAACAGGGAGGUCACUCCCUGGCGACUCUGGCCAAGCGAAGUUGCUCCAGUGAACUCUUGGCCCAGGAUAUGAAGCCACCACCACCUCUGGAUAUCCAGUCCUUAAGAAGCAGCAGGAGUGACAGAUCUCUUCCCUCGUCCAGUACCUCCGAGAUGGAAUCCAUCAGUGCCGUCCGCACCACUGAAACUACCUCAAAUAGCCUCUCCAGACAGUCCAGCUUGUGUAGCUCCAGUAAGACGUUCACGGGUCGCCACUGGCCCAUCGCCCAGCCCCCAAUGAAGAGGAGACGGGGCCGGCCACGUCGGGCCCCCCUCCAGCCCCCCAACCCUGAGAUCCCCCCUCCUCACCAGCCAGACCCCCACCACCUCCCAGAGCCCCCCAACCCCCUGCCGGGGCUCCACUCCACGGACAUAGUGCACGGGCUGGGCCAAGGUGGUCAGCUGUCCCACCUGAAGAGCUCAAUCAGUAGCUACUUUGGGGUGGCAGGCCGCCUGGAGUGCGGGGAGAAGUACCGCAUCCUAGCUCGCCGGGUCACCCUGGACGGCAAGGUUCAAUACCUGGUGGAGUGGGAGGGCGUCACUGCCUCCUAAACUUGUCAUAGCGCUUACGUAGUUUAUUACACAUACGUAGCGCUUAACAUGUUUAUACAGCGUUUAUAAAGCAUUUUAACACAAUGUUCUGAAUGCUGAUUGGCUGAAAGCUGUGGUAUAUCAGACCGUAUACCACGGGUAUGACACAUUUAUUUUUACUGCUCUAACUACAUUGGUAACCAGUUUAUAAUAGCAAUAAGGCACCUCGGGGGUUUGUGGUAUAUGAACAGCCUAAUGACCGCCCUUAGCCGUGGGUAUAUUGGCCAUACACCACGCCCCCUCUGCUUAAUGUUGUGUUGCCCAGUCUGGAACGGCGCUUGCGUUUCCAUUGAUAUGCUCCAGUGAUAUGGUCUUUCUGUGACUUGUCUUUUGUGUUUGAGAUCUGUUUCGGUUUUGUAAACUGAAGAGGUUAAGAGAUCAGCUUUGGCAGAAUGUAAAAUGAAUGGUGUUUAGUAGAGUGGCUAGGUAGGGGGUGUGAAUGGUGUUUGGAGUGGCUAGGUAGGGGGUGUGAAUGGUGUUUGGAGUGGCUAGGUAGGGGGUGUGAAUGGUGUUUGAGUGUCUUUGCACCUGACCUGAUAUGUUGGAAGUGUUUGCGAGUAGUUGAUGUUCGAGAGGGACUCAAACAACAGAGAUGAUGUUGUGCUGCUGCAAACCCGUUUAUUAUUAUUGUUUAUUAUGAAUUAUUAUAUAUCUUUACUUUUCUACAUUUUUAUGCCUCGAGUGUCUAGUGAGACAGUUAAUUUUUUUACGAUUUGGAUUUGAUUGCACAUACUGUAUCAAGUUCAGCCUGUUCUCAGCAAUUCUCCUGAACCCGUUGUACCCAGGCUCAUAAAAUCACUUAGAGAUAUGAAGUUUCUCUUUUCUGUCUUUGGCAGCUGAAAGCGUGUAACCUCUAGCCUCUAAUGUUCUGCAAAUCAUCUCACUAUGAAUAGUAUUAAUUUCACUGUGUUCUAGUCCAAAUCUACACUAUGUCAAGGUUUUACUCAGACUUUUUCUAAUGCAUUAUUAAUUACUGGUAGAAUUUGCUUUGAGGGCUGAGCUUGUGUGAAAGAACGUUAGUGACUGAAUUCAUGUGUAUGUGGUAACUGGUACCGUUAGGCCUUGUUACAUUUGAAAGGUUGAGUAAUGUACCCACGUUUUUACUUGUGUUUUACAAUAUACAGUGGGGCAAAAAAGUAUUUAGUCAGCCACCAAUUGUGCAAGUUCUCCCACUUAAAAAGAUGAGAGAGGCCUGUAAUUUUCAUCAUAGGUACACUUCAACUAUGACAGACAAAAUUAGAAAAAAAAUCCAGAAAAUCACAUUGUAGUGAAUUUAUUUAAUGAAUUUAUUUGCAAAUUAUGGUGGAAAAUAAGUUGCACAAUUGGUGGCUGACUAAAUACUUUUUUGCCCCACUGUAUGUUCUGAAGAUCUGCAUUUUAAAAAAUAUGCAAUCAUUGUACUUCUAGAUAUCUACAGUUACAUUUAUGAACCUCUUAAAAAGGACUUUGUUCCUUAAUUUUCUUCCUUCUGUGCGGUUAUAUUUUAUGACUUUGAUCAGUGCGAACAUUGAAUGCAAAAAUCUCAUGGACCUUUUUAAACAAAUAAAACUGAUUUCAGUUCUUAAAGCCGCCUAUGCAACAUACGUCUCGAAAGACAAUUGUUUUUGUAUUUCAAUCACUUGACUGCAAGAUUGGCAUCAGCAACAAACCACAACAAUAUUUUGGUUUCUUCUGACUCUGGCCUUUUUGAUUUUUAUUUCAGGUGCUAUUUAUUUCACCUUUUACUCAGAACUGUGCACUUAGCCAGACGUCUGCUGGUACAGCCAAGCUCACCUAGAACCCACUCAGGAUAUGCUCAGCAACUUUACUCUAUGUAUGAUGUACUCAAAGAUUUGGAAUAUAACAUGUUAUUGAUGGAACAUUGGAACAUUUUCUGUGGUGUCAGUAUUUCAUUGAAGUUCAUUUAAAAAAAAAAAAUGUAGCAUUCAUUUAGUUAUUCCUCUGUGACUGGUUGUUUUCAAAAAGCUGCAGUUCAGUCCAUUAUGCUACAGGGUCACAAAUGUCUUAGUUCAUCUGAAAACAUGAUCUUCCACUUAUCUCAUGAAGUGUUUUUUUAUUUUUUAUAUUUAGUUCCCUUCACCUCUGAGGGGUUAGGUUCACCCCCCCCCCCCCCCCCCCAGCUUCAUUGUAAGAGUUCAAGCAGUUAAUUCCUCUUGCUGUUGGAUGUGUUUUGUUAUUCUCAGAUAAUGCCAUUUUCCCCUUGAGGCAGUGGAGUUGGGUCUUGACGUUGAUACCUCUUUAUUUAAAAGUUAUUUUAAGCUUUUCUUCUGUAUCAAACUUUAUUGGUCACAUACACAUUUAGCAAAUGUUAUUGCGGGUGUAGUGAAAUGCUUGUGUGUGUGUGUGUAUGUUGUUCCAGUGUUAGACCCCUGGAUCUUUAUGUUUUCUACUGGCUUUGGGCAGGCUUCUUCAGCCGAAUAAUAAAUAUCUAAAAGCCUA